AUGGCGGAGCAGUGGAACCACAACAUCACGUCUUUGGGGGGGAACCGGUCCGGCUCUGCGGGACAGGACCGCUUCAGCAGCCUGGAUGACAUCGACGUGCCGGCGGACGGAUCACCGACUCUGCGCAUCCUCAUCUCCAUCGUGUACUCGGUGGUGUGCGCCGCCGGGCUCGUCGGGAACCUGCUGGUGUUCUUCCUGAUGAAGGUGCGCCGCGGCCGGAAGAAACGCUCCAGCAUCAACCUGUUCAUCCUCAACCUGGCCGUCACGGACUUCCAGUUCGUGCUCACGCUGCCGUUCUGGGCGGUGGACACGGCUCUGGACUUCAGCUGGCCGUUCGGAAACGCCAUGUGUAAGAUCAUCCUGUCGGUGACGGUGAUGAACAUGUACGCCAGCGUCUUCUUCCUCACCGCCAUGAGCGUCACCCGGUACUGGUCCGUGGCGUCGGCGCUGAAGGACCGGACCCGGCGGCGGGUGUGCCCGGUGCGCUGGGUGAUCGCCGGGCUCUGGGUGUCCGCCACCGUGGCGUCUCUGCCCACGGCGAUCUUCUCCACGGUGAAGAGCGUGGCCGGGGAGCGGCUGUGCCUGCUGGGCUUCCCGGACGGGCAGUCGUGGCUGGCGCUGUACCACCUGCAGAAGAUCCUGGUGGCCUUCGUGUUCCCCAUGCUCAUCGUCACCGUGUGCUACCUGCUGCUGCUGCGCUUCGUGCGCCUGCGCAGCAUGAACAACAACCAGGUGAAGCGGCGGUCCCGGGUCACGCGCUCCGUCACCAUCGUGGUUCUGUCCUUCUUCAUCUGCUGGAUGCCGAACCACGCCAUCACGUUCUGGGGCGUGCUGGUCAAGUUCAACGUGGUCAACUGGGACAAGACGUACUACAUGGUGCACACGUACAUCCACCCGGUGACGGUGUGCCUGGCGCACACCAACAGCUGCCUGAACCCGGUUCUGUACUGCCUGAUGCGCCGGGAGUUCAGGAAGAAGAUGAAGGAUCUGUUCUGGAGGAUUUCCUCCCCGACCGGAACCAACACGUGCCCGCUGAGGCCGUUCUCCGGGACCGUGAGGGCGGAACCGGACGACUCUCAGGUCGUGAUCCCGCUCAACAACGUGGAGACGGAGAACUGCAGACUGUCGGUUCUGACGGAUCAGUGCGACACCGAGGCGCUGCAGAGGUGAACCGGACCGGACAGGACCGAGGACCCAGAGUCCGCACCCGGUCUCAUGUUUUAGUUUUGACAAGGGCUUCUGGAGCCGGUACCGGAUCCACCACAGAGACCCGGACACACACACACACACACACACACACACACACACACACACACACACACACACACACACUCCGGGGUGUUUGUUUUUUUGUUUUUUUUUUGACGGAUUUUAUAAUAUUUUCGCGCGUAAAAAGCGCAGCUGGCUGUGCGUAAAGACGCACAAACAUCCAGCUGUUUGUCCUGAUCACACACACACACAAACACACACACUCACACACUCACACACACACACACACACACACACACUCUCACACACACACACACACACACACUCACACACACACUUUUCUUGACUAUAAAUGGACUUGAGACUCGUGUUCAUUCAGAGCUGCUUGGCGCUCUCUGUGCGGAUUUUACGCAGAGGAACCCGCUCACUGCAGGGCUGAUGGAGGUGAUGGAGGUGAUGGAGGUGCUCGGGUGGGUGUCUGCUGCUUCAAACUUCAUCUGUGGAGUGUUGUUGACGUUUCUCGUGGCUGCUGUAACAUGUUGAAGCUUUGAAUGUAAAAAAAAUAAAUAAAAUAAAAUCUGUGUUCAGAUCCGCUGUGGUGCG